UUAGGUCAUGUGGUGUGGCUCGGCUAGACUGUCUUUAAACAGUGUAGUUAAACUCAAGCAUAUUUCAUCAGAAAAUCUCAGCUUGAUCGCCAACGUGAAGACUCUUUUUCCAGCAUGCAGAACGUGAUAAACUCGGUGAAAGGCACUGCUCUGGGGGUCGCGGAGUUUUUGACGCCAGUUUUGAAGGAAUCUAAAUUUAAAGAAACUGGGGUUAUAACUCCAGAGGAGUUUGUUGCAGCAGGAGAUCAUCUGGUUCAUCACUGUCCCACAUGGAAAUGGGCAUCUGGAGAAGAAGCAAAGGUGAAGCCCUAUCUGCCCAAUGACAAACAGUUCCUAUUAACUCGAAACGUUCCAUGUUAUAAGCGCUGUAAACAGAUGGAGUACUCAGAUGAGCUGGAGGCCAUCAUAGAAGAGGACGAUGGAGAUGGCGGAUGGGUGGACACCUUUCAUAACUCGGGUGUUACAGGGGUGACUGAAGCUGUUCGGGAAAUCUCAUUGGAUAAUAAGGAUAAUAUGAAUAUGAAUGUGAAGACGGGUGCCUGUGGAAAUAGUGGAGAUGACGAUGAUGAUGAAGAAGGAGAGGCGGCAGACAUGGAAGAAUAUGAAGAAAGUGGACUUUUGGAAACAGAUGAUGCCACUCUUGACACAAGUAAAAUGGCUGAUUUAAGUAAAACUAAGGCCGAAGCUGGAGGGGAAGAUGCCAUUCUACAGACAAGAACUUAUGACCUGUAUAUCACAUAUGACAAAUAUUACCAGACCCCAAGACUAUGGCUGUUUGGAUAUGAUGAGGACAGACAGCCUCUAACUGUGGAUCAGAUGUAUGAAGACAUCAGCCAGGAUCAUGUUAAAAAAACCGUCACCAUUGAGAAUCACCCUAAUCUCCCUCCACCUGCUAUGUGCUCCGUACAUCCAUGCAGACACGCUGAGGUGAUGAAAAAGAUUAUCGAGACUGUGGCGGAAGGAGGAGGUGAACUCGGGGUCCAUAUGUAUCUUCUGAUUUUCCUGAAAUUUGUGCAAGCUGUCAUUCCAACAAUAGAGUACGAUUACACAAGGCAUUUCACCAUGUAGAUCCCACAGCUACGACAACAUGGAUUGUUUCUGCGCUAAAGAAGCGGCGACAAUACGAACCUCGAAAGACUCUCUGUCCUGAAAAAUGCUGGCAAUGGUGUAUGAAACAUCUGGGAGAGGAUCUGACGGUCAAAUCACACACUCACACACACACACAUUUAAAUCCAGUUUCCUAACUAUUCUUCAGCUUAACCUCUGUACUAUCACUUGCUCUUAAUGCUGUCCUGAAAUGAAAAGUGUUUUAUUUUAUAUUUGCGUUACAAAAAUAUAUAAAAAUAUAAGCCAUGGCAAAUAAUAAAUGGCUGUUCAAAUAUGUUGGUGUUAUUUGUAUGUUCAUGAUCAUUUUGUGUGUGCGAGGUGAGCUUGUUCGAUAUGCCAGCUUGUCUUAACGCGUUGUACUUUGAAUGUAGGAAUCUCUGUCUUGGUUUCUGAUUAUUGUUGUGGUAAAGAUGUAUUCACAAAUCCAGCGGACUACAUCUAUUGUAUUUGUGGAUUUUAACGUAUUGUACACAAUGUCAGGAGAAGCUGGAGCUAAAUUGGUGCUUUGUUCUAUGUUGGUCCACAGAUAAACACAAAAACAGUUACUAAA